AUGGCUAGUACUCUUGGUCACGCGUGCGGCGUGACAGCUCUUCUUCUCUUACCAUCAUCGUCUCCGCCAGCAAUGACAGCGACGACGAACAAUGUUGAUGCGAUACAGGAGGACCGUCUCGUCGAGCUGACGGAGAUGGAGCGAAACAACUCAGAGACGACCAACGAUUCGCCGUUUACCUCGGCUUUGACGACGCCUGUGGAUCAAGAUGUGCCCAUCAAUGUCUUUCAGGGGAUACACGAGGCUCUUGCGAGAGAUAUGGACGGCUCAGCGGUAGACUCGUACUUUGAUUCAAAGGCUGUAGGCAAAGGCGCGGAUAUCGCGCAGGUAUCGCAGCAGUUAGAGGAAGGAAGGGUGGUUGAGGUUGAGGUUAGCUUUAUGCUUCUUUCAACCGCGGAACCGUUUUACAGCCAUCCAUUAGAUAGCCCCAGACGCAGCGUUGGAACUGGUGGCGACGUUGGUCCCGGAAGCGAUUUUGGCCCCGUAGGCAACGUUAGCGCCAGAAACAACGUUAUCCUCAGAGACGUCGUCGUCAUUGGUGGUAGAAGACACGACAACCGACAGGCCUUCUCUUUCCCCGUUAUACCAAGAACCGAGUCCUAUGGUUGGGGAUUUGAAUGA